CAAGGAGCCACAGCUGCAGGUGGAUUUCCACACCAGGAUGGAUGAGGACUCAGACAUCGCUUUCCAUUUCUGAGUGCACUUUGGUCAUUGUGUGGCCAUGAACAGCCAUGAGUGGGGGGUCUGGAAGAGCGAGGUGAAAUCUGACAAUGUGCCCUUUGAGGAUGGCAAAUCAUUUGACCUGCGUGUCUCUGUGCUGGACAAUGAGUACCAGGUAAUGGUAAAUGGCCAACACAUUUACAACUUUGCCCAUCGAUUCCCGCCAGCAUCUGUGAAGAUGCUGCAAGUGUUGAGAGAUAUCUCCCUGACCAGAGCACUUAUCAGCGAUUGAGGGAGAUGAUCAGACUCCUCAUUGUUGAGGAAUCCCUCUUUCUACCUGACCAUGGGAUUCCCAGAGCCUGCUAACAGAAUAAUCCCUCCUCACCCCUUCCCCUACACUUGAUCAUUAAAACAGCACCAAACC